UGCAGAAAAGCGUAAAAUAUGACUUCCGACCGCAAAAAAAAAUAAAAUAGUAUAUGAAUUUUUAUUUCAGAUGGUGCAUAUUCAUAUGAAGACAUGGGUGGUAAGUGUAAUGGAUAACUUGCAUGUUAGACUAAAUUGUAAUCUAAGUAAAGAGAAGGGAAUCAAACAUCACAGCUAAAAGGAACGCAAUGAAAUUAGUAAAAUUGCAUAAUUUGGUUGCGAAAUGUUGUAAAGCUUGGAAAAUAUAGCCUGACGCGUUGCAACUUUUCCAAAUUUUGUAUAUGUUUGUAUUACGUGCGGAAAUUGUUACCAUUUUCGGCUAGUGAAAGUAGUGAAAGUAGCCAGCCAGACAUUGCGAAAAAUAGCGGUGCUUUUAUGCAGACUUUUAUACAAAACGAAAAUGUGAUUUCCGAGAAUCUGAUGGGGUACAUGACGCUUUGAGAUACGCUUUGGUACAGAUUAUUUGUAUCAGUUGUAAUUGUUUUCGUUUUCUAGGAUCAGGUUUCGUACAGUUUGAUGAAACUAUAGUUCAAAAAAAAGGUCAGUAUAGAGAUAAACCAAGAGGUUGAAAGCUACAUAAGACUCUGUAGCUCAGACAGUACGUGGUCAGAGCGCUCCACUAGAAUCGUAGGUUCCAUUCCUUUCAGAGAACCUAAUGGGGGAGGGAGUUGAGCAACGGGGUGCAUAGCAGCGCCGAACAAGCUGCAACAUAGAUCUUGUCUUAUUUAAUUCAAAAUUCUUGUUUUUAGUCGUAUUUAGUUCAAAAUCCUUGUUUUUAAUUAAUCCUUGUUUCAAUUACAUUACUGUCAUUUGUUCCAUGCAAUUUAAAUUUCUGGGGGUGCAAAUUUUUCUAGGUGGGGUGGGGAAUCUUUCUGUGGGGUGGGGAAUCUUUCUGUGGGGUGCAAAAUAUUUACGUGGGGUGCGCCCCCCCCCCUCCCCCCCAACACACACACACCAGAAAGUCCGUCUAUGAAAUCUUGAAUCUUAAUCUUAGUGACAAUACGCCAGACGGGCUAGAAAACUCUCACCAUUUGACCAUUCAUUGCAUGCGUUGCAUUUUAUAGCGCGUUCAGGUUCAUUGCCACCACAACCUGUUUCGACUUUCUUUCCUACGAAGGGUAAGUUUGUUUCCCGCACUCGCACUUCUUGCACACUGCACUGGUAGGCGCACUUUAUAUGAGUAGAGACGCACUUUAUACGAGUAGAGACGCACUUUAUAUGAGUAGAGAGACGCACUUUAUACGAGUAGAGGCGCACUUUAUAUAAGUAGAGAGACGCACUUUAUACGAGUAGAGACGCACUUUAUCUAAGUAGAGAAACGCACUUUAUACGAGUAGAGACGCACUUUAUAUGAGUAGAGAGACGCACUUUAUACGAGUAGAGACGCACUUUAUAUAAGUAGAGAAACGCACUUUAUACGAGUAGAGACGCACUGUAUAUAAGUAGAGAGACGCACUUUAUACGAGUAGAGACGCACUUUAUAUUGGUAGAGAGACGCACUUUAUACGAAUAGCUAGAGACGCACUUUAUACGAGUAGAGAUGCCUUUAUACGAAUAGAGACGCACUUUAUACGAGUACAGACGCACUUUAUACGAGUAGAGACGCACUUUAUACGAAUAGAGACGUACUUUAUAGGAAUAGAGACGCACUUAAGGCCCGUUUACACUUGCAAAUUUCGAACCGAUUUCUAGUGCGAUUUUCUACUUCUGAUGGAUGUGAACGAGUAGAGGAAUAAUGAAUGUUCUGAGUAUAUGUUACUUCGUCUGAACAUUCAUCACUUAUCCACUCGUUCACAUCCGUCAGAAGAAGAAGAAAUUCGCAGCAAAAAUUGCAAGUGUAAACGGGGCUUUGAUGCACAUAUUAAUACUGCGCAGUAACUGUUGAAUGGACGUUGCACUACACGCAUAAAAAUCUCAUAUCUUGUAGCAAGUCUGCCAACAACAACCUGUCAACAAGUUGUCUUCGCACUGCUUGUCCCAAGUUGUCAACAAGUUUGGAACAAGCUGUUAACAACUUGUAACAACCUUGUUGAUAUUAUCAGACUUGUUGCAAGGUUGCUCCAACAAGUCCGAUACAGUCAUGGUAUAACAAUAUUGUUAUAACCUUGUGUCGUCAACCUUGUAACAUUCUUGUUAUAUUAUGACUGUGUCAGACUUGUUAUAUACAGAACAACCUUGUAACAAGUCUGAUAAUGCCACUUGUCAAGCUUACAAGGUUGUUCUAACAAGUCUGAUCCUGUAAUUCAACAAUUUGUCAACAAGUUGUGAGUGGCAACCUUGUAGCAACUUGAUAAAAUAACAGUAUGUCAGCAUUAGGGUCAUUUAUUCGGAACAAAAUAAGACGCGACUUCCAUAAGACGCGACUUAGGUAAGACGCGAGUUUGUCGUAUAAAAGGUACAAAAUUCUUAUGUAAGACGCGUCUUGGAUAAGACGCGUCUUGCAUAAGAACAGGUCUUUUAGCUGUUCUUAUUUAAGUCGCGUCUUAAAUAAGAAAUUUUGGACAAAAAGUCUAACUACACAUGCCAGAAACUUGAAACAACGUAAAAUUUAAUGCCUUGCAUAUUAAAACAAAAACAACCAAAACAACAUUAUAGCUAUAGCAAAUAAAUAAGACCAAAGCCGUAGAGAACCAUUUAUGCGAUAACUCCACUUAUUUAAGUCGCGUCUUAUGUAAGUCGCGACUUAUUUUGUCACGUAUAAAUGGCCCUAAUGUUACAACUUGUUGACAAGAUUGCUACAAGCCUGUUCGAACACAUCUUGUUGACAAGUUGUGAGGUUUUUACGCGUGUAGCCACGGGUUGAAAUUUUAAAAAGUUUUAGUCGUUUAGCCUACCAGGGAAUAAGAUUUGCAUAUAUUUUGAUUGUUUUGACUAAUUAACAAAAUGGUUAAUUUUAUUGGUUAAAACGAUCAUUUUUAACUGCAUGCUUUUCUCAGAUGCACCCAGGCACAGAAUAAAGACAUACAGAAGUGUAACUUCCAUUACAAAACCGUAAGGCGCUUUUUACCGAAAUAGCUGGCGGCCAUGUUCUUAGCAAGUGCCCUAAAGAGAGGCAUUCACCCCCCUGGAAUAUUAAAUUUUCAAUAUGUUUUCAGGGGGGUGACUGCCUCUCUUUAGGGCACUUGCUAAGAACAUGGCGGACUGAAAAAAUCCCUUACGCACUUUUAAUAAGAAGAUACACUUCUGUAUGUCUUUAUUCUGUGACCUAGGUGACCAAUUUUUUUUUGGUCAUUUCAACCAAUAAGUUUUCGCAAACCCAUGCGAGUAGCCUAUCCGAAUAUAGUCGAACAUUUUGUUUAAGGUAUUCUUGCCAGUGAUUUAGUUCAUUUUUGAUUUUGUUGAUAAUAUACUCUCAGUGAACAUUUUUCCUUCUGGUUUUAUAUAUAUAGCUCGCUCAAAAUCAUUGUAUGAUCAUCGCGCGUUUCCACAAGUCAUGGGUAAGUCGUAGGUCUCCUAUAUCUAUGAGGGAAGUAUAGCCUGCGUGGCAGGCGGGGUUUUUUACGGGCAGCGAAAAUUAGGGAGGCAAACCUUAAUUUUCGCUGCCCGUAAAAACCGUCUGCCAGGCUUGGGUAGGUAUAUAUCCCAUAGAUAUUUGAUAUACACUAGAUAGCGCAUCUCUUUUAGUAAAAUUGAAGCCAAGAAUAUUCCAGCGAUUACCCCCAUUUGAAUAGAUGUCGGCCAUGUUGGUCGUUCCCACUCGCUAAUAAACGCUUAAAAACAAGUAAAACAACAAUAACUUUCAUUAUUUGAAUAAUUUAAAAACGUAUUUGGAAUAGGGUUAACUUAAUGUUUAAGUUCCCUGUUUAAGAAAUAGAAAACAUACGAAUCUUCUCAUUUCAUGGGAACGACCUGAGUAUGCAAUCACGGCUUCAAUUUUUGAAUUGCAGAAUAAUUAGAUGCACUAUCUAGUGCAUACAAGAUAUCUAUGAUAUAGCCCUUGUGAACCUUCAACGGUUUGUUCUCGUGUAGGUUGCGCCGAUAAUAAGAAAUCUUCGAAUUUAUAGGGAUACAACUACCUGAAAAAUACAAGGAGAUGGACUCCGGUCAACCCUUUCUAUAUAAAGGAACGGCCUCCUCACCAAAAAGCCUCCUCUCCAAAUUCGUGUGGGAACCCCAAUAAUCGUCCAUUUUUUGUUUAAAUCAGACUAUUUUCCUACGUUUUCUAGACCGAGCGUCGACGUCAACUUUUAAACAUCGCGCACUUCCGGAAAUACCUGGUGAGUAUAUGUGAUAGAGGGAGAACGAGCGACACUUUCCAAAGUUAGUAAAUAUAAAUUAGACACCUAUAUACUGCAGUCCUUUCUAACUAAAGUCAACUACCUUAACACGAAGAGAUCUGAAAAUUGCCAAGAAGGUUUGGGAAAUGACCAAGUUAGAAAAAAGUUUUAUACAUAUAAAUGUAUCAACAUUGUACAGCGCAGAUACAGUCACAGAAUAGAGGGAUGAUGGAUUCUUGCACUUCACUUGGUGGAAUUAAUGUUAGAAUGUUAGGGUUUGUAAUCCAAGUGAGAAUAUAUACAUUUUAAGACCUAACCAGGAACGACUGCGAAAAAUGCAGCACAAGGUCCUCUGGUAGGAAUUGAACCUACGGCCCUGCGAUUCCGGUAUAUAUUCUGUAUAUAUUCUGUAUAUAUAUAUAUAUAUAUUCUCACUUGGAUUACAAACCCUAACAUUCUAACAUUAAUUCCACCAAGUGAAGUGCAAGAAUCCAUCAUUGAAGUCCACCUUAUCACAACCCGCACAUCCGAUUACCUAUAUAUACAUGAACUUACGGUUACAGCUUAACAGCUGGCCUCUGUAGCUCAGUUAGUUAGUUAGCACUGCACCGGAAUCGCAGGGCCGUAGGUUCAAUUCCUACCAGAGGACCUUGUGCUGCAUUUUUCGCAGUCGUUCCUGGUUAGGUCUUAAAAUGUAUAUAAUCACUUGGAUUACAAACCCUAACAUUCCAGUCACAGAAUACAUGCAGUAAACAUUCUAAAUAAGGUACCUCAGUGCAAUGAUCCGAUUGCAGAUCGUCACGUUUCCAUUCAUAUCAUGCUUAAAUGUGUGCUUUAUUUGUACUUUUAGGCGAUUCACAAUGCAGUCCUGGUAAUUAUAUCAAUGUGCAUGUAGAUGGUAAGUUCUUCCUAAAUGUCCAGUAAGGAUCAUCUCUUAAAAUCAGGGUUGCCAGAUUGGUGAAUAAAUAAGCCAAAGAUUGUUAUAUAUAAACGUCCCUUUUUUUCGAACAAAGAAAACAAAAGGUUAUGAUAAUAAUAUUUGGCUUAUUUAUUCAGCAAUCUGGCAAACCUGCUUAAAAUGCGACUAACCCAUAGAUAUUUUAUAUACACUAGAUAGCGCAUCUCUUUUAGUAAAAUUGAAGCCAAGAAUAUUCCAGCGGUAUACCCCCAUUUGAAUAGAUGGCGGCCAUGUUGGUAGUUCCCACUCGCUAAUAAACGCUUAAAAAACAACAAUAACUUUCAUCAUUUGAAUAGUUUAAAAAUGUAUUUGGAAUAGGUUUAAUUUAAUGUUUAAGUUCCCUGUUUAAGAAAUAGAAAACACACGAAUCUUCUCAUUUCAUGGGAAUAUCCUGAGUCUGCAAUCACGGCUUCAAUUUUUCAAUUGCAGAAUAAUUAGAUGCACUAUCUAGUGUAUAUAAGAUAUCUAUGGACUAACCCCGAAUAUAAUUUUUGGUAUUUGGGUCAUUCUAAGAAGAAAUGUAAUAUAUCUUUAUAGUAAAAAACCUCAUCUUGAUCAACCUUUUCUCUGCCAAAGUGUCCAGAUAUGAUGUCAUUAGGUGAAUUUUUGGUGCAAAAAAGCAAAGGAAAACUAAUUUGCAAUUCACCUAAUGACAUCAUAUCCGGUAACUUUGACAGUGAAAAAGUUGAUCAAGAUGGGAUUUUUUAUUAUAAAGAUAUAUUACAUUUCGUCUUCGAAUGAUCCAAAUAUUACACAUACCAAAAAUCAUAUUUGUCGCACUUUAAUUAUUGUCCUUGUGUUACUGCAAGAGCUCCACUGUUUUUGUCUGUGCCAACAUUUCGUGUCUUGACUCAUUUGAUUAGCGAUGCGGUCCAUUAGAAAAAACCUGGAAUUAGCUGGAAAAAUGAUAUAAAAACUGUUUACCGCCUUCAUAGCUAUAUUGCACGUCAACAGACCUUUCCCCUUAUGAGUGAAAUUUUGAUCUAGACAAGCCUGGACAAAAAUUUCAUCACAGCUUGAAAGAGCAUCACAAAAUUGGUAAUAUUCCGAAGUUUCGUUGCGAAAUGUUGUAAAAUGCGGAUAAUAUAGCCCUGCGAAGUUUGCCGUUUUUCAGUCAUUUUGUAUUACAAACGGGAAAUUGUUAAUCAGAUGAUCAAACUGAUUACCAAUUUCCCAUUUGUAAUAUAAAAUGACUGAAAAAGGCGAACUUCGCAAGGCUAUAUUAUCCGCAUUUUACAACAUUUCGCAACGAAACUUUGAAAUAUUACUAAUUUUGUGAUGCUCUUUCAAGCUGUGAUGAAAUUUUUUUUCCAGGCUUGUCUAGAUCAAAAUUUCACUCAGGAGGGGAAAGGUCUAUUCCGCCAUCUUGGUUUUACUUGCGCAAUUGGCCGUAUCACAGAAUAGGAAGGUACGGCAGAAGCGUAACUUGAGUCGGUUCCUUUAUUGUUUUACGUCCACGAAAAUUUUAACUCGCUCACGCCAUCCUGGCUAGUACAACCGGAAGUUUUUAUCAGGUUUUGGUAGGUACAAUGUGCCGGGUUGUACUAGCCAGGAUGGCGUGAUUGAUGACGAAUUUCUUGUAAAAACGCGGACAAACACUUGCUUGAGUUACACAUCUGCUAUACCUUCCUAUUCUGUGGCCGAAUGACUGAAGUUGUUGCUCCAGACAUAUGCCCGGAGCUCGCUGCCUCGCCAAACGCUUAUUGAAAUUCACGUGUAUGUUUUUAGGCCGUGUAGACUCUGUUCAACAGCGUCCACUGCCGACACCACCUAAUGCGGCUGGUGGUACGUACAUUUCUGAAGGUGAAUAUCUCAAUCCCGUUGACCAAGACAUAGGGAGACGCACUGUGAGAAACAAGUCCAUCGCAGGUCAGUUGAGUGAAACAGAGGCUUGGAUAAAAGAAUAUUUUUCCAGAAAAAAUUUUUUUUCUUUUGUUAAUAAAAGAAAAUUUUCAGUAAUAAAAGAAGAUUUUUGGCAUUCGAAAAAUAUACGAUGACGUCAUGAUAUUGGUAAAAACACAUCUUUGUUUGACGUCAUCACGUCAUUUAGGUGUAUCAUGUUAAAUUUUUAAUAUAACUUUGAUCAGUUUUACGUAAUCAUUCCUUCUCUUGAAUCUCUACUGGCGCUAUACUACCGUUACUGUGACCUCCACUGGUGAGGGUAAUAUUUUAUUACUUUAUUUUGUCAUUAUUAAAAUAUUUGUUUAAUAUAGUAACAAAUUCAAAAAUUCUUGAUUUCAAAUUAAUAAUAUAAAAAUCCAAAAUAAAAGAAGAAAUUUGGCAAAAACAAAAUCUUCUAUUAUUAUAAAAGAAAAUAAAAGAAGAAAUAAUAACUUUGGUGAUUUUUUAUCGCAAUCAUUCCAUAAAGGUGUCAUUUGAAUCUAGCUAAAAGCAUAAUCUUUAUAAACGUAUAGGCGGCUUUCCUCAAUGCAAGAAUAUGUUUACUAUAAGCUAAUAAGCCUAAGGAAAUAAUUUAUGACAGUUCUCGACAAAAUCGGGAGAUUUUUCCAAAGUAUGAUUUUUCUUGCGGAAACAAUCGGUUUUCUGGUUUGCCCACCUUGAGAGCUCAAUGGUAAGAUUUACUAUGCUUAUACCACCUGGGUCAAUGUUGUUAAAAUGUGUACUCAAUGUCUACUUUUAGAUGGUCCCGAUAGCUACGUGGAUAUGCAAUGUAAGUUAUUAAAUAUUAUUUUCACUAGAUAGUUCUACCAGUUCUAAACUGUUCUUCCUAGAGAUCCAGUAAAGAUCAUGUCUUAUUGAUCCAGUGUUACUACAGGAGGAAACCUAAACUAACUUUAUUUCUACUGGAUAGUUCUAUCAGUUCUAAACUGUUUUUCCUAGAGGUCCAGUAAGGAUCAUCUCUUAUUGAUCCAGUGUUACUACAGGAGAAAACCUAAACUAAGCGAACUUUAUUUUGACUGGAUAGUUCUAUCAAUUCUAAAAUGUUCUUACUAUAGAGGUUAGAUUAGGACCAUCCUUUAUUGCUCCAGUGUUACUGCAGAGGGAAAUUGAUAAACCUGCAUGGUCACGGGGAAAAAUCCUGCAGUAAUGGACCAUUUGCAUUAUAGACUAAAUUUUGGUCUAGACAAAAAUUUCAUCACAGCUUGAAAGAGCAUCACAAAAUUAGUAAUAUUCCAAAGUUUCGUUGCGAAAUGUUGUAAAAUGCGGAUAAUAUAGCCUUGCGAAAUUUGCAAUUUUCAGUCAUUUUGUAUUACAAACGGGAAAUUGAUGCCCAACACCCGAUUGGGCUGUCAAUUUCCCGUGCGUAAUACAAAAUGACUGAAAAACGGCAAACUUCGCAAGGCUAUAUUAUCCGCAUUUUACAACAUUUCGCAACGAAACUUCGGAAUAUUACUAAUUUUACGAUGCUCUUUCAAGCUGUGAUGAAAUUUUUGUCUAGACUUGUCCAGAUAAAAAUUUAGUCUAUAAUGCAAAUAGUCCAAUGAUAAAGUCAAAUUUGAAGCACUUACUUUACCAGGGAUGAAAGUUGAUAAACUUGCCCUCUGAUGAACUGGUUCAAAUUUUGAUGAAAGGUUUUGCUAUACGCGCGCGGUAAUAUCCAAUCAACUCUCCCCAAUAACGUAUUGUUUUUCAAAAGCUGGAGAGAAAGGUGAUACAGUAUAGUAUCGAAGGAUGCUCUAGUCAAGAAGUUAUAAAAUGAAAAUUUGAUUGAAAAGCACUGUUUAUAAUUUUAGCUCCGCAGAGGAGACUCGAACGUAUUGAAUCAGGAGUAGGUAAGUGUCAUUUAAUAGUUCUUUCUAACGAUGAUCAGGUGGGCAUAUUGUGGGUAACAAGAGAUAUCCAUUCCAAAGGGGGGAUAGGGGCUAAAACGCCCCCCCCCCCCUCCUGUUGGAGAACUCUAGCUUAUCUGGGAAGAAGCUAUUUUCUUUAACCAUGUACCAGUGUGUUUUGUUGUGCUGUUAAACACACUCUUAAGCCUGUUUUUCACUAGGCGGAAUUUAGCGCGCGGAGUGGAAUUUUUCUUUGUCUUUUCUAAUUAGUUCCACCCGAGAAAUCACAAGACAAAGAAAAAUUCCGCUCCGCGCGCAAAAUUCCGCCUAGUGGAAAACCGGCUUUAAAGACUAUUGUAUUCCGCCGCAAAGUUUCAAGAUACAGGAAGUACCGUUUCAGAGACCUAAAAUUAAGAAAGAGGAGUGCAACUUUAUUGUGAUACAGUGCCAAAAAUAAUUCAUGCACAACUAACUAUUCCCCUCCGGGAGCUGACAUUAAGUGUAUAUUAUUUUUGCUUUCAGCACUUUCUCCCCCUUUGUCGCCAAACGAAAGUUACGAAAAUAUCACGCCGCCAUCUUUUCUUUCGUCCUAUGAAAAUAUGGAACCAAGUAAGUGAAGAUAUUAAUUUCCUUCUUGUAAAAGGGUGAUUAAGAAGAGUCACACAACAACAACCAAAGCAAACUCCUUCAAAUAACUUCCUGUGAAGAAAAAUUGUUGUGCAUUAUUUAAUAAAAUACAAAACAAGUGAAACUCCAAAAAUCGAUAACAUUUUUAUUUAUCUACGUUUCGACUGUAUUUCAGUCAUCAUCAGGAUAAACUUAUCCUGAUGAUGACUGAAAUACAGUCGAAACGUAGAUAAAUAAAAAUGUUAUCGAUUUUUGGAGUUUCACUUGUUUUGUAUUUUAUUAAAAUACUCAGUGGUUCUAAAAUUUUUUUCAUUAUUUAAUCAUAGACAGAUUUUCAAAUUUUGCUCGGGGGGGGGGGUCAGUUAAUUUAUGGUUUUUAGCGUAAGCUCUAUUCGUCAUGAUUCGUAACUCAGCAAGUACCGUAAACAGAAGCAGUCCCCCCUGGAAUUACUAAAAAUGGCGCACGUCCAGGGGGGUGACUGCUUCUGUUUACGGUACUUGCUGAGUUACGAAUCAUGACGAAUAGAGCUUACGCUAAAAACAAUGGAGAUGGACUUCUGCGUAGUAUUCUGUGAUGGAGGUGAGCGACGAGACGCAUAGCGCCGUUGAACAAGCUGAAGCAAGGUCUGGGGGCACAGUUGCUAAUGGGAGUAAGAGGGUAAAGCCCCUGUAAAUUUUGAGAUUUUUGGUCUGACUUAGUUCAAAAUCCUUAUUUCAAUGACACAACUGUCAUUUAAUCCAAUCAGCAUUUGAGUCAAAAGAAUUAUAUUCUGAUUUCUGUUCGUGUUUUUAUCUUCAACUUCGCUCUUUCGGCAUCGUUUUUUUUCAAAAAUAUAUUUUUAACCAGUUUAAAUAUAGAAAGAGUAUUUGCUAACCUGUAAACAGUCGCUGGGAGUUUUUUCAUUGUGUUUUUAUUGCCGAUAAAGGAUAUAAAGCGAAUAACUUGCAGUUUUCUCGUACGCAAAACUCCGGUAAUUUUUGCGCCGCCAUAUAAUAAACUCUGAUAUAUUUAUUUUUAGAUGCUUUUAACAAUAACAGUCCAAACUUGGGUAAGUUGGAAGUGAAUUUUAUUGCAAUGAUUUUUCUAGUACAGUCGAACCUCUAUUAAGCGGCCCUCCAUUAAGCGGCCACCCUCUAUUAAACGGCCACAUAUCGAAGUCCCGAAAUUUUUGUAAUACAAUUAUAUAAAUACUAUAAACUAUCCCUCUAUUAAAUGGUCACCUCUAUUAAGCGGCCGCGGCCACCCAAAGAGCGGUCCCAAAUGAUGUUUUAUGUCAAUUUUUACCUUUAUUAAGCGGCCAGCCUGCAGGAUUUACUUUGGCGCAACACCUUGCUUUAUUUGUAAAAUAAGGGUUAAAAAUUAAGUUUUAACAUAUGCCACUUUAUACCUCAAUAGCUUUACACAUCAAAAGCAUUGACUAUGCUCAGGGUCCAUUAUUUGCGUACCUCUAUUUUUAGCAGCCACCUCUAUUAAGCGGCCACAAAGCCGAUCCCCGAGGGUGGCCGCUUAAUAGAGGUUUGACUGUAUUCUAAGUUAGAGUAACCCAAAGCCGCGCGAUAAAUAGCUUUCUUUAAAGGUGUAUUACUGCGUGGUCGAACUCGAGUUGAGCGCAUUUACAUUUCUGACCGAACUUGAGGCAAACUGUUAGUUUUUGCAGUAUGACCAGUGUAAAUCAGGCCAGAUAUAAGUGCAUGACGAGGUGAUCUUCUCAAAGUCCUGUGUAUAUAUUCGUUCCAUUGAAAGCAUUUAAUAAAAAGAAAUUAAUCGUUUCAGGUCAUCUCGUGGAGGAUCCAGCUCCAAAACUUCCGCCAAGGCGGUCUAAAUCUGUGAGAGAUGACCGGGCCUACGUUAACUUGCCUGGAGGAGGUGAGACAUAUUUCCUUUAUUUAAUUUUGCAAAAACAGAUCCCUCUUUCUGUAUGUGUAGUAUUACAUCCAGGGGUUUUUUCAGGGAUUUUUUAGGGCCGGUAAACGGCCCCAAAAACUCAAUCUGGAAUUGAGUUUUGAAACUCAAUCUUCUCACCAAAGUUUCAGUGCAUUAAAAAUGAAGUUGUUUGAGUUAAAUUCGUGACGCGUGGAAAUUAGUUUUCAGUUGGAAACCCGACGAUUAAGAAGAAAUGGGUGGAAUUCAUCUCACAACACAAGAAAAACUAUGCAUUCGCCAUCUUUAACCAGUUUAUAGUAUCCCUCAGUGCCCCUGCUUUAACACAUUCCAUCUCAACUACAUUUUUUGAGUACAAGUGUAAGCCCCCCGGUAGGGGGGGGGGGGAGUGCAGCCACCCCAGCUGUUCAGCUAAACUCAAUCUUCUCUGCAAAAACGGACCCAAGAGAAAAUCCUGAAAAAAAACCUGACAUCAUCUCUUAGAAUCAAAUUCAUCUCUUGGAUUAAAGGACAUUGGCAAUAAAAAUUAGUUUGUCUCAUUCAAAAGAACUCUUAAAAUUAUAUAUUAAACUCUAUUACCGAUUUGUCAUAAUCGAUCAGUUCGAAUAGUUACCAGGAGCAACUAUGAAAUACGCUCCUCCCAAAUUUUGAACAACUUAAAUUGGCCGACACUAGAAGAUAGGCGAAUGAAACAAAAAUCUUGUCUAAUGUUCAAAGCAUUCCACAAAUUAGGUCCAUCUUAUCUUUCACGGCCGUUUAAUUGAACGAACUUAAUUCACAGUCAUGAUACAUGCCAUGUCGGCUUAUAUUGUCAUAACAUUGCAACAACCAGCUCGAAAGCUUUGGCUCCUCUGGUUGCCGUUCACAAUCUUUUUUUAAAGUACUCAUUAAAAUUUUAUUAUUUUCUUCUACUUUUGUAAUAUUACGUUACUUGAGAAAAAUCCUGUAAAUAGUGAAAUAAAAUUGAAUUGAAUUUAAUCAUAUCUUGCUUAGUUCUCGAAAUAUUUAGACCAAAAUUAAUUAAUGAGAUGUCCGCCAUCUUGGACGAAUUCUUGACCUCAUUAACUAUGGUUUUGAUGACGUCACGAGUUCGAUUAACCAUACAAAACUACUCUAAAAUGACCGAGUGACAAUCCAAAAUUGUUCUGAAUUUCAGACAGCAACCAGAAACGAUGUUUUGGACCCAUAUUGAUCGCUUACCCUCAAGAUAAAAACUUGGCCCCUGUCUGCAACUGCUUUCUACCGAAAGGAAUUAAUUAUUUUUUUAAUGGUUUAGGAGACAGGCCGCCUAGACCGCCGCUGCGCAAGGCUCACACCUUGGGGCGCUAAGAACGAUGUUGAAGAACUCCUCAAGGCUCCCUGUGGUUUCUUUUCCGUACGCAAGGUAACAUGGGAUACAUGGCACACGUCAUGCUUUCCCGCCAAAACACGCCUCAAUCUCAUUGGUCAAAAUUUUGCAAUGAUUUUUGACCCACUUUACAAUGCACAAAUAGAUAUAGUUUUCGGGAAAAGGUAAAAUGCAUAACCCUUCCUGAUGCACAAAUGUAUUUUAAGCGAUAAAGAAUAUAUAUAUUUAGAAUAGUUUUAUACGAUAUAUUUAUAAGCUUUUAUAUCUUGACAAUAAUUUUGCUACAAGCAAAAAUAAUUUUGAGAUGACUUUUCGAUGGCAAAGCCAUUCCUAUAUAUAUUCGCAAGGCACGUAAUUUGCAAGGCAUGCGUAACUAUCAUUAAAAGAAAUCACUGGCGUAUCGGUGGUUUUAUAUGUGAUAAAAAAUCAUGUUCAUUUACUUAAACUUUAGCUUUGAUUUUCUCGGCUUAAGGCCAUGUUACACGGUGCAAUUUUUCUUGCAACUUGCAAUGCAAUUCUACUUUUGAGAGAUGUAAAAUUGCCAAAUACGAGUCUUCGUUACACUCCGCUGAUGUUUUCUCAACAUAUCGAAAAUUCUUCACUGAUUUCACUAAUUCGCAUCUCUCAAGAGUAGAAUUGCAUUGCAAGUUGCAAGAAAAAUUGCACCGUGUAACAUGGCCUUUAGACUUAGACAACGUUUAGUUUUAAAAUCACUUGCCAAUGAACUCAUCAGAUCGGUCGUUUUUCAAGCCAUUUAAAACAUUCGCAGUCCGUGCUUCAGAUAUAAAAAACUUGAGCUACUAUAUCAGAUAAAGCACUUCUGCUUGUGUUUUAAAUACUUACAGUUUCAGGGCUUCCGUUUCCAGUGAUUGUUUUUCCGUUAAAACGAACAAGUUGCUAAGGGUCAAUGUCAAUGUUACUGUCACG